AUGUGUCUUUCUUCCUCCCCCGUGCGCGAUGGUAGAGUCGAAGAGAAGUCAUCAGAGUCGCAAAUCUCGAUCACGCGGCCUUCGCGCUACUACUGCCUCGUUUGCAGGCGUCGCCAUGUGAAGUGCGAUGAGGCUCGUCCACAAUGUGGUCCCUGCGCGAUUGGGAAGCGAUCUUGCGUGUAUAGCCAAGAUUCCCACCAAGAUUCCCACCAAGAUCAACAGCUUGGUCAGCACGAAAGUCCUCGCACGAGAACACAGGAUGCGGCAAUACUCACUCCUACGUCGCCCAGUAGUUCCGCAUCCUCGCCGAGUGUCGAGUGUUCCUCCGAUUCACGGUCUGCGCCCUUGAAAUGGUUUGAGCUUCUGGCUACGGAUUUCCCAUCCUCACGAUUCUCUCGCGACUGGAACCGAGCUAAAGGGGAUGUACCAAGUAGAUCCAGCUCCAACCCUCAAAACCUUAGUGAACGGGAAAGCCUUCAGACUGCUACUUUCCGAAACAUGGAAAUUGACCAGCCAUAUGCGCCGCAAACGCCCAAUGGAGCGCCAGCCGGGACAGAAAUGACCUCUUCUUGGGUACCGGAGUUCUCGAUUCCUCUUUCGGACUUAGAGUAUCAUCUUUUCAGCCAUUUUGUGCGAGUAAUAAGUAAAUGGAUCGAUUUCCAUGAUCCAGAAAUUCAUUUUGCAAAAACCGUUCCACACAUGGCACUUCGGAAUUUGGGCUUGAUGAAGGCUUUGCUGGCCCUUUCUGCACGCCACCUAUCUCUGGUGAAAGGAGAAGAAGGAUUUACUUGCCGGUCAACUGCAAACAAUGGCGUUGCGAGGGAUCGGGGUAAUACCCCUUCCUGCAAUCUUGCUGUCAGAUAUUACACCGAGUCCCUCCAUUACCUCAACAAGACAAUGCAAUCACAGUCUUGUACGCGCAGCUUGGAUCUGAUUGUGACCUCCAUCCUCAUCAGCACCUAUGAAAUGAUUGACGGGUCAAACGAAAACUGGGAAGGACACAUCAAGGGGGUAUUCUUGUUCCAACGGUUUCAAGACAACGACGUGGAGUCUGGAGGGCUGCGGUCGGCCGUCUGGAGGGCUUGGUUUCAACAAGAUAUUUGGAUCGCUCUUCGGGAACGACGUCGAGUCUACGGUGGCUGGAGACCGAAAAAGUCGCUCAACUGUCUCACUAGCUCAGAGCUCGCGUCGCGUGUUUAUUACCUCCUUGGGCAAUGUAUCAACUAUGUCUCAAAAGAAGAGCAAGAGCAGGACCCGACGCGCCGUAUGGACCGGGGGAAUGAGCUUCUUCACUUGCUUCACCAAUGGCAUAAUGCAUUGCCGCCAGAAUAUUGCCCUCUACCUAUGACGACUAAAGGCGAGUUAUUUCCAUCGAUAUGGGUAAAUCCGCCGUCUUAUGCCGCAGCUCUUCAAAUUCAUAGUCUCGCAGUAAUUCUUGUUACCUUGCACCAUCCAACCUCUCGCGAUAUUGAAGGCUAUCAAGCAGCGCAAAAUAUGCUGGCGGUCUCCAUAGAAACAAUCUGCGGAAUUGCACGAUCCGUUGAAGAAGACGACUUUGGCGCAAACAUUGUUUCUCUGAACUGCUUAGUUGGAGCAGCAAUGUGCAUCCACCGUCCACAUGAGCGAGUCACACUUUUGAACCUUCUUGAUUACUCAAAAAUCGCUUUCAGUGAUCUAAUCGCAUGA